AUGUCGACAUCGACCUCUAUGAUACCUACCGCCUCCGUUAGUGUGAAUGCUCCGCGUUCGCGCCCAUCUUCGCUGGACGAGGUAGCGCCAAUGACGCCUCACCGCUGGUCUUCCCCUGCCUCUGAGAGUACCAAUGAAGAAGAUCUUGAUGAUCUAUUCGAGGACGAGACUACCUGGGGCCUCAACUUACCGCCUAUUGUGAGUCAAUCUGCGCUUGCUUUCAUCAACACUUCUGACCCAUUUUCGCAGCCUAAAUCCUCACCCAUCUCCUCUCCUGACGAAACCCAUGUCGCUAGUCCUCAGAAGCGCAAACGCGAUUCCCUCGCUAUCGAUGACGACAACUCCGACGACUCGGGCGACUCUACGCUAUCCAAGAAGGCCAAAAUUGCCGAUGAAGAGACGGAGAAGAAGGGCGAGGGCAAGGAAAACGAAGCCGCUCGACGAUACCGCACCCUCGCCACAGCCGCUUCGCUGAAGCCAUCUACCAACAACGCGAACAAAUUUCUCGACAGCAUGAGGAAGCAGCGCUCAAUCCCCACACCACGCUAUGUCCCAACCGGCCGCGAGCGCCGCGACGAAGUCAACCAGCUCGCCGCACGACACGUCCGGCACGUCGCCCCCGCCAUGCUUGCCAACAACGCGACGAAACGCGACAUCGGCGGCGCGAUGACCAAGUUUGACUGGGCAGAAUCCAAGCGCGAGAUCCCCACCUCCCAGAUCAAGGCGCCUCCAUCCACAUCCAUGCUUCAGAAAUGGGUCGACUCGGACGAUGAACACAUAACCUGGUUCAUCAUUCCCGCUUCACACAAAUACAUCAACACGGGUAGCAUGAUGGUGGCCAUUGCGGACAUCGUCGACAAAUCGAUCAAGUACCCAGAGUGGACGUUUGUGGAGAAGAUUAUGGGGCCGCAUUGGAAGACGGGGGUGGAGGUUGUUAAGGCGGUUAAGGUUAAGUAUGAGAAGUUGACGGAUGAGCAGAGUCUGGAGAGGAUGGGGGUUAUGGUUAAGCAGAAGGAGGAUGAGGUUAGGCAGGCGAGGAAGGAUGAGGCGGCUAGGAGGAGGAGGGAGAAGAGGGAGGAGAGGGCGAGGAAGAGGGAUGAGGAGGAUGGGUAG